CCAUUCCCCUCCCCGCUCUCUCUCUCUCUCUCUCUCUCUCUCUCGAUGCCUCCUCAAACCACAUCCGGUUCGGCAGUUAGGGUUCCGGCGACCAAGGAGAUGGAGGUGGAGGAUGCGGCCGUUGGGGAGGGCGACCAUGCCGCAGUGACCACGCCGCCGCCGCCGCCGCCUCCCACCUGUCCCAUCUGUUUCGAGCCCUGGACCUGCAGCGGCGGACACCGCAUCUGUUGUAUUCCUUGCGGACAUGUGUAUGGAAGAUCGUGCCUAGAGAGGUGGCUACAUCAUUCUGCCCUCGCUAGUGCAAAGUGUCCUCAGUGUGGCGCACAAUUUGAAGACAAGCUUAUCACCAAUCUCUAUGCACCAGAAAAUCUAUGGGAAAUUAUUAGUUUACAGGAAUUUGAAGCUCGUCUCCAGCCUGUUAUAAAAAGGAUGGAGGAACGCUGGAUGUCUCAUAUAGCUGAGCACACGGGGAAAAUGGACUUGGAGAUUGAUAAAGUGAGGACAGAAGUGACGGAACUGGCUGCCAAAAUGGAGGCAGAUAGGGAGUCUUUCCGUGCUGAGGCAGAGCAAAUGUUAGACAGCCUGACAGCAAUGAAGGAGCAAAUGAGGAAGAUGGUUGAAGAAGAGAAUGCGACUGCAAAGGAUCUGCUAGAAUUCGUGCAGCGGGUUUUACCUCGGCGGUCAUCGAUUUCCAUCCCUCGUCCUUCUGCCUGUGUCUCGGCUUCUGCUCCUGCUCCUGUGGGUUCAGAGAACAACGCAAGGACUCGCCCUGAUCCUGCUGCUCCUGCUCAUGCUGUGAAGAGAAGGCGGCGUCGUGGGAGUUGAUUUUGUGGGUCUAUUUGGUAGCAUUCCAUGGUUGUUCUCCUCUGAUACAUGCCCAGUGUAGACAUGUUGAGUACAUGCAUUUGCUGUUGUUUGGUAAUGGUGUAUGUGCUGAGACAUGCUAAGCUGAGACCUUGCAUCUGUUUAGACAAUGUCGGCCGGCACUGUA